AUGAAAUCUGCAAAGCGCUCGGAAUCAAAUUCGAAUUGUUUUAAAGAUGGCCACAUUGAUGCCCAUUCUCUGACCGUAGCUUCUACCGGACCGAAUUGUACAAAUCUGACCACCACUACACAUCGUGAUCAUUCUGCCAUCAAACUCUCAUUAGAAAGUAGAGAUUUGUGGCAAAAAUUCAACGAGUGUAAAACGGAAAUGAUUAUUACCAAGCAAGGAAGACGCAUGUUUCCAACUAUUAAAGUAAGCGUAAGUGGAAUGGAUACAAAAGCAAAGUAUCUAGUAUUAAUGGACGUCAUAGCUGUUGAUGAAAAUCGCUAUAAAUAUCAGCACAAUCAAUGGACAGUCGCAGGCAAGGCAGAACCAGCUAUUCCUAAUCGCUAUUACUUUCAUCCUGACUCACCGAGCACUGGAACACAAUGGAUGCGUCAAGUAAUUUCAUUUCAAAAAUUAAAAAUAACAAACAAUCAAAUGGAUCCCUUCGGACACAUCAUUUUAAAUUCUAUGCAUAAAUAUCAACCGAGAAUUCAUAUUAUACAAGUUUGCGGUCAAGAUAAAUUCUCUCCUUGCGUUAGCAAAGCCAGUGUUUUCGUCUUUAGCGAGACCCAAUUUAUUGCCGUGACGGCUUAUCAGAAUUCACAGAUUACAGAUUUAAAAAUUCAGUAUAACCCCUUCGCCAAAGGAUUUCGAUGCGGUAAAACCAGUGAACGUCGCCCAAGGCGGUUAGUUAAUCACAAAUACUUGGAUGAUAACAAAUUAAAAUUCUUGAAAAACAGCACAGAUAGAUUUAUUGAAAAAAAUCGUUAUAAUUCUUUCUAA